AGUAAGAACCUAGCAAAGAUAUGUGGGGUGAGGUCCAGGCCUGCUGCCCACAUCCUUCCAGGUGAGCUGGGGCUGGGCUCCCUGAGGUCGGCCAGAACCCGGAAUCGCAGAAACCCCCUGGGCCUCUGGGGUUUGCUUCGGCUCUGGAGGCAGCCCCAUUCCUUGUGAGGACUCCCCUGGCUCCACACUCCCCCCUCCACAUUCCUUCUGAAGACCCCUGGCUCUGUGUCCUCCCCACCCCCCAUUCCUUAUGAGGACUCUUGCAGCUCCACACUCCCCUGUCCCGUUCCUUCUGAGGACUCCCCCAGCUCUACACCCCUCAUCCUUCUGAGGACUCCCCCCGCUCCACACUCCCCACCACGUUCCUUCUGAGGACUCCCCCAGCUCUACACCCCUCAUCCUUCUGAGGACUCCCCCCGCUCCACACUCCCCACCACAUUCCUUCUGAGGACUCCCCCAGCUCCAUGUUCCCCUCGUUCCUUCUGAGGAUUCCCCUGGCUCCAUGUCCUUCCCACCCCCCAUUCCUUAUGAGGACUCUUCUAGCACCACAUUCCUUCUGAGGACUCCCCCAGCUCUAUGCCCUGCAUCCUUCUAAGGAUUCCCCUGGCUCCCCGCUCUCCUGCCCCCCGUUCCUUCUGAGGACUCCCUGGCUCUACACCCCCCUCCUUCUGAGGACUUCCUUGGCUCCACACACCCUCUCUUGAGGAGUCCCCUAGCUCCAUCCUCUUCCCCCCGCUUCCUUCUGAGGACUCCCAGCUACACACUCCUGCUUCUGCUCUGCCUGAUCCAGGGCAGGAGACAUAGGCAGGGCCCUCAGGCACCAGGGGAACCCAGACCUCCUCCGUGAGAUGCACUCACUGAGAAGUGGCCUUGGGCAGGCUCUGCUGCUGCCUGGAACCCCUGCCCCACCCUGCCCCAUCCCAUCCGGGGCUGCCUUGUGUCGAGGAAGUUACUCAGCAGACUGGCACCCCACCCAGUCCCCCUCGGGCGGUCAUCUGCCCUCUCCCACGUUCUCCAGUGCUACAGUGGGCAGCACAGCCAGCCCUGGUGUGACAGGGCCCUGGGUUCCUCACGGCAGCCCUGGCCAGGGUGGCCUGCUCUGGCUACACUCUGGCCAAGCUGCCCCUUCCUGCAGAACUGCAUGUGUCAUCACAGUUCAGCUCAGCACCUCGGCCCUCUUGGAUGGCAAGGAGGGCCCUGGAAGCAAGGAUGGGAGGAAGGUGAAGUAGAACAGAGGGUCCUGUGGGGGGACAAGGGUGUGGGCAGCCCUCUCUCAGGCUGCGGGCAGCCCUCUCUCAGGCUGCCUGGCCAAGAGCACAGCAGAGUGCGGGUGUGGGGGUGUCCGACUCUCCAGCCACAAACUGCUUCCUCUCCAUGUCUGGCCUGUGAGUAAACAUUAUCAGCAGCCUAAGGGUUGUGCAAAUACCAGACACGUGAACAGACGAGCCUGCUGGCUUUCCUGCCUGGCCCUGCAGAAGUGGGGUUUGCAGCUGGUGAGGCUAGGAGGGGAGGGCAACCUCCAGGGUUGUGGAGUCCAGGUUUCCAGACCCCUCAGCGCCUGCUGGGUGAAGUCGGUGGAGACAGCCAUGGUCCCCAGCCGGCCCUGGGCCCCCUUGGAGCAGUAUGAGGUGGUGCUGCCUCGGCGCCUGCCGGGACCCCGAGCCCGUCGAUCUCUGCCCUCCCACUCGGGCCUGUACCCAGAGAGAGUGAGCUAUGUCCUUGCAGCCACAGGGUACAGCUUCACCCUGCACCUGCGGAAGAACAGGGACCUGCUGGGCUCGGGCUACACAGAGACCUACACAGCUGCCAAUGGCUCCGAGGUGACGGAGCAGCCUCGAGGGCAGGACCUCUGCUUCUACCAGGGCCACGUGGAAGGGCACGCAGACUCAGCCGCCAGCAUCAGCACCUGUUUGGGCCUCAGGGGUUUCUUUCAGGUGGGCUCAGACCUGCACCUGAUCGAGCCCCUGGAUGAAGGUGGCGAGGGUGGACAGCACGCCGUGUACCCAGCUGAGCAGCUGCUGCAGACGGCUGGGACCUGUGGAGUCAGCAACGACACCUUGGGCAGACUCCUGGGGCCCCGGACAGCCGCCGUGUUCAGGUCUCGGCCCAGGGACCCUCUGUCGUCCCGAGACACCCGCUACGUGGAGCUGUACGUGGUCGUGGAUAAUGCAGAGUUCCAGCAGGUGGGGAGUGAAGCUGCUGUGCGCCAUCGGGUGCUGGAAGUGGUGAAUCACGUGGACAAGCUGUAUCAGAAACUCAACAUCCGUGUGGUCCUGGUGGGCCUGGAGAUCUGGAAUGGUCAGGAUAGGUUCCAUGUCAGCCCCAACUUCAGCGUCACGCUGGAGAACCUCCUGGCCUGGCGGGCACAGGGACUGACGCAGCGGCGCCCACACGACAACGUGCAGCUUAUCACGGCCGUGGACUUCACUGGGGAUACCGUGGGGUUUGCCAAGGUGUCUGCCAUGUGCUCCCACAGCUCGGGGGCUGUGAAUCAGGACCACAGCAAGAACCCCGUGGGUGUGGCCUGCACCAUGGCCCAUGAGAUGGGCCACAACCUGGGCAUGGACCACGAUGAGCAGGUCCACGGCUGCCGCUGCCGGGAGCCCUCCCAGGGCAUGCACUGCGUCAUGGCAGGCAGGAUUAGCUCUAGGUUCCCCAGGAUGUUCAGUGACUGCAGCCAGGCCUACCUGGAGAGCUUUCUGGAGCAGCCGCAGUCCACCUGCCUGGCCAGCGCCCCCGACCUCAGCCUCCUGGUGGGCGGCCCAGUGUGCGGGAACCUGUUUGUGGAGCGUGGGGAGCAGUGCGACUGCGGCCCCCCCGAGGAAUGCCGGAACCACUGCUGCAACUCCACCACCUGCCAGCUGGUCCUGGGGGCACAGUGUGCACAUGGCACCUGCUGCCAGGAGUGCAGGGUGAAGCCGGCUGGUGAGCUGUGCCGCCCCCAGAAGGACACGUGUGACCUCGAGGAGUUCUGUGAUGGCCGACACCCCGAGUGCCCGGAAGACGCCUUCCAGGAGAACGGCACGCCCUGCUUCGGGGGCUACUGCUACAACGGGACCUGCCCUACCCUGGCCCAGCGGUGCCAGGCCUUAUGGGGGCCAGGUGGGCAUGCUGCCAGGGAGUCCUGCUUUUUCUAUGACAUCUCACCAAACUGCAGGAGCAGCUGGAACAGGGCCGACAUGUGCGGUGCUCUGCAAUGCCAGGGUGGGCAGCAACCCCCAGGGCGCAGCUCCUGCAUCCUCAAUAACAUAUGCCGUGCGCUUACCACAGAGGGUGGCACUGCCUACGAGCCAGUGCCCGAAGGCACCCAGUGCGGACCGGAGAAGGUUUGCUGGAAAGGACGUUGCCAGGACUUACACGUUUACAGAUCCAGAAACUGCUCUGCCCAGUGCCACAACCACGGGGUGUGCAACCACAAGCAGGAGUGCCACUGCCACGCAGGCUGGGCCCCACCCCACUGCACGAAGCUGCUGACUGAGGCGCACACAGCAUCCGAGAGCCUCCCCGUGGUCCUGGUGGUGGUCCUGGUGCUCUUGGCAGUUGUGCUGGUCACCCUGGUAGGCGGUGUUGUCUACCGCAAAGCCCGGAGCCGCGUCCAGAGCAGGAGCGUAGCCCCCAAGACCACCAUGGGACGCUCCAACCCCCUGUUCCACCAGGCAUCCAGCAGUGCGCUGGCCAGGGACAGGGCUCCAGCCCCAGUGAAGGUCCCCCACGAGCAGGUCCCCACCACCCACCUGGGCCAGCCUGCUGGACACCCGGCCUCCUCCAUGGCCCUGAAGAGGCCUCCCCCUGCUUCUCCGGCCGCUGUGUCCAGCACUCCCUUUCCAGUUCCUGUCUAUACCCAGCAGGCUCCAAAGCAGGUCGUCAGGCCGACGUUCACACCCCCAGUGCCCCCAGUCAAACCCGGGGCUGGCACAGCCAAGCCUGGUGCAGCUGAGGGGGCUGUUGGCCCAAAGGUUGCCCUGAAGCCCCCCAUCCAGAGGAAUCCAGGGGCCGGAGCUCCCACAGUGCCCUAGGGGCACCUGUGCCGGCGUGGAAUUUUGGAGAAAUGGCAAUGGAGCAGCCAGCCUUGCGGCAUUCCAGGGCCUCGCAGCCCAGGACACCGAGUUUGCAUACGCAGCUGCUGUUCUGACCUCAGGAAUGCAUCCAGCUGAGACUCCUGCUGUCCAGCCCCUCAGCCACUCCCUUCUCCCACCUUGGCCACGCGUAGCUCCAGCCGCCUGCAGGCAUCAGGCUAGGAUGAGCUGUGUGCCUGUGGGUGCACAUGUAGGUACGCAUCUCCAGGAGGCCACACACAGCCCCUCCUGGCCAUGCCUGCCCUGCCCCGGGGCCUGCUGAACCCUCUGCCCUGGGGAUCCCAUUCCGGGUAGCACAGACUUGGAGGAUCCCCAGAAAGACCCCAUCCCAGGACCGGGUUCCCCUGGGUGCUCUUCAAGAGGGUGUCAGUGAGCAGACUGCACCCCAAGACUCUGGACUCCAGGCCCCCUGAUCCUGGGGCCCGUUUCCCAUGGGAUGUGAGAGGGACAGCCCCAGCUUCGUGUGUGUUUAAGCUUAGGAAUCUUCUUGGUAGCAAGGACCACGUGGGAGAGUCAGCUGUCUUGUCCAGUCUUCUUCACACCUCAGAGGUGCUUUUAAAAGCAGGGUGAAAGCUUUUAUUCUUUAAUACUGAGAAAUGUAUAUUUUCCUAAUAAAUUAUUGAUCAAGUUCUAAA